GACCCCAUCUACGGCACGGACAUUUGCUACGAGCCAGUCUGUCCGCCGGGCUACUUCAGGUGCUGCGCCACCUGCUAUGAAGCGCCCUGCUACGGACUGAAAAAAGAUUUGCAGUUGUCGUGGCGCGGCAUCUACGAGUGCAUCCUCUGUGAAGCCGGCGAUUACUGCGAUGGAUGUGACACAUUCGCCAGGUGUCCAGAUAACACGCAAGCCAAUCGCGAGGGGCCACGGGUUUCCAACCCCGGAUCUACACGAAUCGCUGAUUGCGAGUCUUGUGCUGCAGGAAUGCAGGCGAGCUUUCGGCGGGACAGAUGUGUCGAGACGUACUCCCACGUUUGCAACGAGGAGUUCGUUCAGCGCUGCAUCCGAAGCUGCAAGGCUGAGGAGCCUGCACGGGGCAAGAAGCUGACACCGUGUGAGGAGAUCAAGUGCGAGGUGUACUGCGCCAAGCAGUGGUCCGACGAAUGUCUGGGAGUGGUAGGAGACCAUUGCAGGGCGCUCACAACUAUCAAGGACUCCGGAGUCAUUGGAGCGGACGGGAUGGAUGCACAGGCUACAGUCCUGGACUGCGAUGUUGACUGCAACAGCGCCUCACAGCUUAGAAUGGUUGGAGUGCUUUUGGCGCUCCUAUGUUUCCAUCUGUCUUGA